CGAUCCCGGGCGGCGGGUGAAUACUUGGCCCAGUAUAUAACCGCUUUUUCUUCACAACUUUUCACCCCUCCUCUUCCCCUUUCCUUCUCGAAAGACCUUGACGUUCCAUGGCCGGCCUUCAAACCGACAUCGACGCCCUCGCGGCCCAGUCCGAGGUCAUCAAGCACAAGAAGGAGUACGAGAACGAGAAGACCUCGGUCGUGUCAGCGAGCGAUGACGCGGAGGAGUGGAAGGGCGAUCCCUCGGAUGACCCCCACGCCGGACUCGAGUUCCCGACCGACGAGGAAAUCGCUACUAUGCGAAGGGUGUCGGACAAGCUGCCCUGGAGUGCUUAUCUUAUCGCCUCUGUGGAGGCUGCCGAGCGCUUUUCCUUCUACGGCUCGAGCGUGGUGUUCACCAACUAUGUGCAGCACAAGAUGCCUGCUGGGUCCCGCACCGGCGCCGGUGGACCGCUCGGGCAAUCCGGCGCACUGGGCAAGGGGCAGCAGACUAGCACGGGUAUCGGCACGUUCUACCAGUUCUGGUGCUACUUGACACCCCUUCUCGGCGCAUACAUCGCCGACGCACACUGGGGCCGGUACAACACCAUCCUGGUCGCCGUCUUCAUUGCGCUCCUCGGUCACAUCAUCAUGAUCAUAUCUGCUCUCCCUCCUGUCCUUGAGCACCCGAACUCAGCGUUCGGCGUCUUCAUCCUGUCGCUUAUCGUCACAGGCUUCGGCACUGGGCUGUUCAAGUCCAACAUCUCGCCUCUCGUUGCGGAGCAGUACCGUCGUACGAAGCUCUUCGUGGAGACGACCAAGAGCGGGGAGCGGGUGAUCGUCGACCCUACCAUGACCGUGUCGCGAUUGUACAUGUACUUCUACCUGUUUAUCAACAUCGGUGCGCUGGUUGGUCAGAUCACUAUGGCCUACUCCGAGAAGUACGUCGGGUUUUACCUGUCCUUCACGCUGCCUACCGUCGUCUUCCUCUUCUGCCCAAUGGUCCUGCUCGCCGCACGCAAUCAGUACCGCCGCAGCCCACCGACGGGAUCCAUUCUUGCCACCUUCCUGAAGAUGUUCGCCUUCGCUUGCCGGGGCAAAGUCUCGCUUAACCCUGUGUCGACGUUCAAGAAGUUGACGGGGCCCGACUUCUGGGAAGGCGUCAAGCCGAGCCGGGUCGCACCCGAGGCUCGCCCGCGGUGGAUGACUUUCGACGACAAGUGGGUCGAUGAGGUUGCGCGUGGCAUCAAAGCGUGCUGGGUCUUCUUGUGGUACCCGAUCUACUGGCUGACCUACAACCAACUGAACAACAACCUCACAUCGCAGGCUGGAUCAAUGGAGACGCAUGGACUGCCGAACGACGUGUUGUCCAACUUGGACCCGUUGGCGCUGAUCAUCUUCAUCCCCAUCUGCGAUCAGGUGAUCUACCCUGCGCUGCACCGAUGGGGCAUCAACUUUACCGCUCUCAAGAAAAUCACGGCUGGCUUCUUCACUGGGGCUGCAGCCAUGGCAUGGGCUGCCGCUGUGCAACACUACAUCUACAAGCGCUCGCCAUGUGGCUACAAUGCGACCUCAUGUGCUGAUGCAGCUGGCAACGUCAUCCCCGCACCGCUUAACGUGUGGAUCCAAACCGGAUCCUACGUGCUCGUCGCGUUCUCUGAGAUUCUGGCGUCUAUCACCGGGCUCGAGUACGCUUUCACCAAAGCACCCAAGAACAUGCGCUCGCUUGUGAUGUCCAUCUUCUUGUUCACCUCAGCCAUCUCGGCUGCGAUCGGCGAAGCAUUUGUCUCGCUCUCAACCGACCCGCUGCUCGUAUGGAACUACGGCUCCAUGGGUGUUAUCGCCGCUGUGGCGGGCAUUCUCUUCUGGCUGCACGUCCGGGGCCUCGACAAGCGCGAGGACGAGCUCAACCAGUUGGCGACGGGAACUCUUCAAGCCCCUACAGGAUUUGUGUCGCAGCAGGGCCAAGUGGGCAAGGAUGAGGCCCUGACGAAGCAAGCAUAAAAAGAUUUGUAAUGAAUUGUAUGUAACGUACGACGCGUAAUGACAGGAGACCGAAGCUCCCCACGAGACGAGAGGUUGCACACGGUUUCAUGGAGUGAGGAGUCUCACCACAUGCAAAGCUUGUCUGGGCACUGCCUGGCGCUUCCUUUUGGCAGAGGGGUUCCUAUUUCUC